AUGGCUUGUCCAUCUGCGCCUCGACGGAUAAUGCGUAAAGGCAUAAACAUAUAUCGCCUAUGGUCGACACGAUAUAUUCAUCCACACCCCCAAACUAAUACUCUGGCGGUACUCGAGUCCUGGAUCAGGCCAUCGCCUUUCCGCGAUCCUACAUGCUGGAAACACACUGGGACAGCAAUCCUCUCGCGCUUCAUCCUGUCCAAAUCACUCUGGAUACUGGGCUUGUCGGGCAAGAUCAGCUACCAACCUCCGCCUGCGCGCUGCGUUAGCAACUUGGAUGGUGCCACCGUCAAUCACUGUCACUGUGCCUUGAACGGUGUCUGCUUACGGUUUGGUCCAAGUGAAUAUGUGGCGCAAGGCUGUAGCACUAGCAUCCAUCAGAUGAAACAAGGUAGGCGAAACAAGAUGGAAACCAUACUGGAACGGACUGCGUCUCUCCGGGCGAUGCUUGUUGUGACACCAGACCAGCCAUGCCCUGAGGAUCGGCGAAAUCCCGGUAUCUACAUCUACAUCACUCCAUCACUGUCUCCGCACUCUGAUUAUCCCUUCGGGACCACUGUAGAAUGCCGAACCUACAAAUGGGCCCAUCUCUAA